CAUGUGGUUGCGUGUGGUUGUGUGUGUGCGCGCAUGCGUGCGUGUGUGCGCUCGCUCGUGUGUCAACAUCUCUAGGUACGGCAGUUUGAGAGGGAUCGGACCACAGUGCUGGAUAGGAUGGUGCCCAUAGCAGAAUUAGUGGAGUUCAUCCUGAACUCACGGAGGGGCUACCGUGAGGGUGGGGAUAGUUCCGGUUCUAAUCGCGUAUCGCAGUGUUCCAACAGUUCUGAGGGACCAUCGUCAACAGGUAGCAUUGGGCCGAGUAGUGGUGUAGCUCCAGUCAACAUCACCUUGAUGCCAAUUGAAAAACUGGCCACACACGUCAAGAGGAAGUAUCAAACAGGGGCGUUGUUGAAAGUCGCACCGUUAGCGCACAAGUUUGGAAUGCGUCCACCCAUGGAGCUGCUUGCGAUUGAGGUACCCAAGACUGUAAUUCAAGACAUGCGAGCUACGUUGGAUUUGUCAUUGGACGAAACUGAAUUCCUUGAGCGUGCCCUGGCCUUGCGUUCUCGACAUUCAAAGUAUCGGAAGUACCUGAUCAGAGUGUGCGAUAGCAUCCGUGAACUUGUCUAUGACAAGAAGCUUCCAAUCGUCUUCUUGUACAGUUGCCGAGAAGAGUUUUGUGAAGUAUUACUCUGAGUGCUGUACAUGGUCUAGUGGGCCCUGCAUCCUUUACCCUUCUUUGGCUGCUGCUGUUGCACGGCCCGUACUAGACCAAGCACUAUUGUACAUAUGCCAUAUAUUAUCUGUGUGUGUGUGUGUGUGUGUGUGUGUGUGCACGUGUGCGUGUGUGUGUGUGUGUGUGUGCACGUGUGCGUGCAUGUGUACACGUGGGUGUGUGUGUGUGUGUGUGUGUACAUGUGUGUGUGUGUGUGUGUGUGUGUACAUGUGUGUGGUGUGUGUGUGUAUUUGUCCAUAAUUUGUCGCAUGCCGCAAUUUGGCACGUUGUAGUCUCGUCAUAGCUGUGCCGUGCGUUUUCAGAUUAUGUCGAUCACUAGAGUUGUUCAAGUCUGUAAACCCCCUUACCCCAGUGUCCGGUUUUUUUUCGUAGACGGUGCCGCACUCACUUUGUGUGCCUAUUUUGUUAUAUUUAUUUAUACCCAGUCAAGUAACUUACCAUGCCCAUGUGCCGUCUCUUAUCUUCGUCUAGCCUAAUAAAGCACAUGCAAAAUAUAUAUAUUGUUGAAAAUCUAUUAUUGUUGGUGGCAAUAACCUUGAUACACUUCAACAGGCAUCUCUGUGGUCUGUGCCUCUUCCGCAGUCUUGAGGGUGUUGACAUUUCACAAGUCCCCAUUGUUACUCGUCCCUCGUCUUGUCAUCAGAUAUCAAGCAUAAUAAUCAUCACACGAAAAUAUAAUAUUAUGUUAGUCGUAUCCAUAGUUCUGUUUUACCCUCUCUCUCUCUCUCUCUCUCUCUCUCUCUCUCUCUCUCUCUCUCUCUCUCUCUCUCUCUCUCUCUCUCUCUCUCUCUCUCUCUCUGCAUCUGUCUUGUUGUUGCUGCCCUGCGGCCACUCUGGUCUGGCUUUAUCAGUCUGAUGUCUUUUGUUUUGUUUUAUAUAACUGCUCUCAGUCUUUGCCGUGGAUAUUUUCACAUACACUCAAAUUACUCAAUACGUCUUUGUAGUUUCGGUACCAGUGGUUGCCGUGUAGUAUUUCGUCUUGUAACGUAUGCUGUGAUUGGACAAAGCGUCUUUCCAGCUGAAUUUGAUGAAAAUUCGAAAUAAAUUCGACGGGGUUCGCGUACCGGGCAGGUCAAGAACAAGGAGUCGUACAACUCCCUGGUCAAGAACCACCUUUCCGCUUCCAUGGGACGCCACCACCCCAUGAUCAGGCGUCAGAUGCGGCUCCUAAACGGUGGGGGAGGAUAGAUCAGAUCCACCAACCAGAGGCCAAAGGCCUCGAUCCCAUUUGCCACAUCCAUGUAUUACUCAUGCCAGGCCACGAGUUCCCAAUUAACUCAAUCAUGGUCUUAGACCAACCCACUGUGCCUGCCUGCCUGCCUGCUGAUGAAGAUGUUUUCAAUGUUUCAGUAUGCCGAUACGGCUACUUCAGCGCUUGCGA